GUCGAGUGCUAAGCGUAGCAAAGUCGCGCCUCUUGGUUAAAAAAAUCUCUGCUCUCGAAGCAGGUAAUGCUGUCCCGGGAAAACAGAGCUUAAGGGGGGCGUACCAGUUGAAACCUGACUUGGAAAUUACGACUUUCGAGUACAACUGGAACGCAACAUGUCGUCAGUUCCGCACGCCAUUCCUAGCCUGAAAAAGGGGGUUGGAACUGUGCGCUGGAUAAUACAGCAUACAAACAAACCGGCGAGUGACAGUUGGAGGAAGCAAGCUGCCUGUUUCCGGACAUGCCACAAGACAACAUUUAAACCAGACAAACGUGUCAUUUAAUGAUUUCAUUAAUUGGCAGGUUCUUUAAUUCUGCUGGACUAACUGACACGUACACGUCGCGUCUCAACUAAGCGGUGCAUCAACUGGAAUGUACUGACAUUUGCCCGUUAGCUGCUAGCUCGCGGAAUAGUUAAUUCAGGACGGAGCGGAGCUCGAACAACUCCGGAGUGCCGUGUCCGUAUGACAGAUGGUAUGCUGAGUAAAACAGCCACUAUGGAGAUUCCUAUCAACCGCAACGGAGACGCCGGGACGCUGGCCGAGGACGAUGGCCUCGAACAGGUUGCUAAGCUACAGUGGAGCUUAGAUGAGAAGGUAGGAAGCUCCGGUGGGACCAGGGACCUACAGCAGGUGAUGGUAUCGGGUCCCAACCUGAAUGAGACCAGUAUUGUAUCGGGGGGUUAUGGGGGCACAAACGAGGGAAUAAUUCCAACCAGCUCCAUUAAAGGCCCUGCUGUGCGCUACAACGCUCAAUUUAACAGACGCAUCCCAGUCACUGGACAAGGUUCCAGCAUGCAGCACAGUAGCAGUGGGAGCUCCAUGACGGCAGAGGAGGCGUCUAGAGGAGUGGCUGUGGAGAAGCUAGACUUUGUUAAAAAAUGGAGCCUCAACACCUACAAGUGUACCAAGCAGAUGAUCUCGGAGCGGUUUGGUCGUGGUUCCAGAACAGUGGACCUGGAGCUGGAGGCCCAGAUAGACGUUCUUCGGGACACCAAAAAGAAGUAUGAGAAUGUUCUGCGACUGGCCAGAGCCCUAAACAAUCACUUCUACAGCAUGGUGCAGACACAACAUGCUCUUGGGGACACCUUUGCGGACCUCAGCCAGAAAUCACCUGAACUACGGGAUGAGUUUGGCUACAACGCAGAGACCCAGAAGUUGCUCUGUAAGAACGGAGAGACGCUCCUGGGAGCUGUCAACUUCUUUGUGUCCAGCAUCAACACGCUUGUUAACAAGACCAUGGAGGAUACUCUGAUGACCAUUAAGAUGUAUGAGGCAGCAAGGUUGGAGUUUGAUGCGUACAGGACCGAUUUAGAAGAACUAAGUGUGGGUCCGAGAGAUGCUGUAACUAUGGCUCGUAUAGACGCUGCACAGGAGCAGUACCAAAUCCACAAGGACAAAUAUGAACGUCUCCGCUCCGAUGUCACCAUUAAACUCAAGUUCCUGGAUGAAAACAAGGUAAAGGUGAUGCACAAACAGCUUCUCCUCUUCCAUAACGCCAUCUCUGCCUACUUCGCUGGGAACCAACAGCAGCUGGAGCAGACCCUGAAGCAGUUCAACAUCAAGCUGAGGCCCACAGGGGCCGAUAAGCCCUCGUGGCUGGAGGAGCCAUGAGGGCAGAGGGGCGGGAGUCAGGCCAGCCCAGGAGAGGACCCCCAAACCUGGGGUGCGGUAGACUCCUGGAUCCCUACUAUCCACCCAAGAAGACCACAGGUAGACAGCCACAGACAGGACCAAUUAGAAAGGGAUGGAUGCAUGGGACCGAGGCCACUGUAUCUCAAUAGGCCAGCGUCACGAUCAGGAGAUUUUCACUUUCACACCUUUUUGCCUUUCUGUCCUGUCCUCUCCAAUUUAUUCCUCCAAUUUUUUUUUUAAAUGAUAUUUCUCUCUCUCUACCUCUCUGUUACUCUUGUCGUCUCACACUCAGCUACACUAUACCAUACUGACGGUGUGACGUUUAGGCUAGGCCAGAAAGCAACCAAAAUCCACAAAUAAUUUCUGAUCCCAAAAGAGAAGAAAUCACUCUUCAAAACUGUCGGCGAUUCUUGGGCUUGUAGUUUGGAUGCUGCCGUUCGAUGUGAAGCACCACAGACAGUAUAGCAGGUUUUACUCAUUUCUGGGGAAGUGUUCCCUCAAUGGCUGAAGGAUGUUGCGUAGAAGAGCUGUCAGGCACUUUUAAAUUGCCACUUCCGUUCCUGACCCAGUUUUCCUAACCCCAGGACCCUCUAGGACACAGUCACCAAACGAAUAUGUGUUGAGGCCCCACAGUCACCCAACGAACACCAUCAGGGAGAACAGUAACUGCAUCUGUAGCCGCAUCAGUCCUGUUGAAAUGCUGAAUAAGUCUGGUUGUCGUGGUGAGACUGACCUAGUAUGUCACCAAAUAAGACCAUCUGCGGACGCCCACAUGGAUGGUCAGAACGGACCUAAUUCAGAGCAUGGUCCGGACUGGAGAGGUUGAUUUGCGACCUGAAAAUGAAUUUGUGUCCCACCUUGUUUAGCCUAUACUGUCCCAGUCCAGCAGCAGUUCUACAACCGGACGACUUCGCGGAGAUGGAGUGCAAAUGUCGACAUAGUUGACACAGACACUACUCCCUCAGUCCAGAAGCCCCGCCCUUUUCGUUAAUGGCGAUUGAAGAAUACACUACUGUUUUGGAGGGUGGGGGUGCAUUCACUCCCAUAGAUCGUCAAUCCAGAGUUCCGACCAUGUUCCUGGAGACCCACCCUCCUAUUGGAUUCAACUGUAAACCUGUUUGUAAAUCGACCUCAACUCCCAACACCUACCCCUACUCCCCCUUGUUCCUCUGAGAUGUUUACUAUGACUCGUGUCCCAUUGAUGUGUAUAAUUAUGAGAUAUAUAUAUUUGAUUACCGUAUGACUGAUUUGCUGGGUAGAAGGGGAAAUUAUUCAGAGCAGUGGAUUAUGGAGGAUGGUGGAACAGCCCUUAGUACGAACUCAGUCUCCUCUUGAAACACAGAGACUGGAUUUUUCUUAAGCAUGGUGUUUCAUACCCCUUAUUUGUGAUCUUUGUUUUCUGUUAACUAUUAUUUCUGUCUAAUGUGUUAAAAUAAUAUUAGCCUUAUUAGCUUUAUUUUUCACGUCCUAGAGAGGCUUCCCAACCUGGGCAUCCAUUCCCUUCACCCCUCGCUCCCUUCACCCACUCCAUAUCUGUCAUUCUAGGAACUUUGAAUAAAUUACAGGUUGUUGUUUUUUUUUU